CCCGGAUGUUGUCCAUUAGCAACAAGAAAGCGUAAAAAUGGCCGACUCAGAGUCAAUGAGUCUCGAUACCAGCAAUGAUGCUGGGGACGAUCCACUACAGGAUUUGUCCGAUGAACAACUGUUUCAUAUGGUUGAGGACAUGCAAAAAGAAAAUGAUGUUCUUGCAACAGAAACACAGAUGUUUGAGAAAUACCUCAAAAGAAAUGAGACCAAAGAUGCCUUAGGAGUUCCAGGACAGGGUGCGCCUGCAGCAGGUAUUGUUCCAUCAGCGUCCAGUCAGGACGUGAUGCGUGGUGUCAACAGGAAGAGGUCUAAAUCCAGGAGUAGUAACAUUGACAAGUCUUCGAUGCGCCUUAAUACCGAGCAGAAAUGUGACAUCGCACAAAAAGAAAUUGAUGAACUCAAAGAAGAAAUUGAAAAAUUGAAAGAAAAUUGUGAAAAGAUUCUAGAUACAUUUAAGGCUAUCAUGGAAGAAGCAGAUUUAAGAUUAGCAGAAACCAAGAAGGAGUCCUAUGAAUUUGAUCGUGAUAUAUUGAAAGGUUCAGUCAACGCCAGAACAGCAACGGUUAUGGCUGAGAAAGUGGUGCGAUACUUUGAGGAUAGAUUAAGAUCUCGAGAUGCUUUAGUUGAAAAGCUACGUCUGAAAAAUUCAACAUUAAAAGUGCAGAAGAAAAAGUUACAUCUACAGUUGAAGCAGAAAGAGGAGAUGGGAGAGGUAUUACAUGAGGUGGACUUCAACCAGCUCAAGAUAGAAAACCAGCAGUACCUGGAGAAGAUUGACGAGAGGAACCAGGAUCUGCUCCGACUAAAACUAAUGGCUGGCAAAACGCUGCAGGUCCUCAACUCAUACAAGAAAAAACUACAUACACUAACAAUGGAGUCGGAGAGGCUUAAAUCUGAGAUCACAGCCAGGAAUGAACUGCUCACAAGGAUAGAUGCUGAAACAAAGGUGGUAGAAGUGGAACGUGCUAAAGCAGAGAAAAUUAAUAGAAAGUUACGCCAACAACUGGCAGAUUACCGAGUACCAGAGGUGAUGGAAUAUGUCACAGAGAAAGCAGAUCUCUACGAACUGCAGAAGAAAGUGCGGAGCUGGGAGAGGAAGGUUGAAAUAGCUGAGAUGGCACUGAAGACCCACAGGAAGUCCUGGAACCAGCUGCAGAUCGGAGCCAAUCAGAUGCAGGCAAAUCAGUGGCGCAUGAUGGAGGCUGUGUAAAUUUGUAGGGCUUUAUCAAAGACUUAAAAUGUUGUAAACAAAUAUUUCAUUGAUGGAGAAAUGUAUGAUUUGGAAUAAAUAUGAAGACCUUUUAUAUAGUAACACAAAGAUUGAUCUAGACUCGGCCAUUCCUCACUAAGACGUCUGUGAUCUGAGAACUGAUUAGGGAACACACCUAGUGAGGGUCUGGGCAUUUUAGGGUCAUCAUAAGAGAAAGCACUUGUGUGUUCUUCACUAUCACAUCCACAAAUUAGUUUUGAUUCAGAUUUCAUUAGAAAUCUUUCUUUAAGAAAUGUAAUAUUAUAAUCAACUGAUUGUGGAACAGUGUUUUUUUACAGCUUGAAGAAAAAACACUGGGUGUUAACUUACAAGUCAACAUUUAUGUUUUUUUUAUUAAAAUUACAGAAAAAAGUAAUGGUUUAAUACAAAUUCAGUGAAAAUAAUGUUUAAAUUAUUUACGGGAAAUUAAUUAUUUCUCAUCAAAUAGAAUUGAAUGGUGAUUGGAGCUGUGGUUGCUAAAAAAAGCAUGAAACUUAUAAUAAAGAUUCUUAUCUUUGAUCUGGUUUAUAAAGGCAUUCAUUUGCAUGCUUUUAUGUAUGCAAUCAGGGGGGGUUGAUGUGGGAGGCCAUAAAAAUGCUACCCCCAUCUAAGAGUUAUUGAUGUAAUAACACAACCUCCCAGCUAUAUAAUGUAUGUGUCCUCUGUAAUAGCUCUAAUCAUACCAGUAUUACAAAACAUGUAUUAAACAAGGACCAGAGUUUUUAUGAAACAGCCACGGUUGAGACUGCUAAAAACACCCAAGAAGUGUCGAGAAUAGAAAGUGAAAAAGUAACUAUUUUUCCUGCUGUGCAAUGGUCAGAUUAGAUUUUGAAUGAAGAAGGUGGCAUGUCUGAUGUCUUAAUUGUUGAUACAUCAUUAUCAUGUGUUUUAUGUAUGUUGUGUAUAUAUGUUUUUUCUUGUGAACUAUUCCCGACCAUGGUGGUCCAAGAUAGUGAAUUACGUCCAACAUAUCAUUAACCCUUACUGUGAUACCAUUGUAUUUCUUUACUUGAACCACAAGUGAUUAAAAGCUACAAAAUGUGAAAAUAA